AUGGAGUACAGGUAUGAUGUGGAGGUGGAGGAGGUGUGUCCGGUGUGUGGAGACAAGGUGUCCGGUUAUCACUAUGGUCUCCUCACCUGCGAGAGCUGCAAGGGCUUCUUUAAAAGGACUGUUCAGAACGGCAAGCGAUACACGUGCGCGGAGAGUCAGGCGUGUGUGAUCGAUAAAGCCCAGCGGAAGCGCUGCCCUUACUGCCGCUUUCAGAAGUGCCUUAACGUGGGCAUGAGAUUGGAGGCGGUUCGCGCAGACCGGAUGCGGGGCGGACGGAACAAGUUUGGACCCAUGUACAAGCGAGAUCGCGCCCUGAAGCAGCAGAAAAAAGCCCUCAUCCGGGCCAGUGGACUCAAGCUGGAGGCCACGCCCCCUCUCCAGUCACCUGUUCAGACAGACUACAGUUUCAGCAGCCCUCUGCCCAGCCUCCCACCCGUGUCUACCCCCAAAAACACCCUCCCAAACACACCUGCUUCAAUCACCACGCCUUCAGACUAUGCCCUCUAUGCCCCAGGCGUACCCGUACCUGCCCACGGCCCUCUGCCCUCGCAGUACCCAUACCCCUCGUUCCCCAGUCGGGCUAUCAAAUCUGAGUUUCCGGACCACUACACCAACGGCAGCUCGCCCGACUCCACCCAGGGAUUCACCUACAGUGACCACACUCAGAGCCCGGCGGCGCCCCCCGCAGGCCUGCCGGUGCCGGCGCUGGUCCUGGAGUUUGUACGGUGUGAACAGGAUGAACUGCAUGUGCGCAGCAAGAUCAGCGCUCACCUGGAGCACCUGCAACAGGAUCAGAACUCCCGCGGCGCCAAAGCCGAACCUCUCUCCACCUUUGGCCUGAUGUGCCACAUCGCAGACCAGACGUUAUUCUCCAUCGUAGAGUGGGCGCGCAGCUGCACGUUUUUUAAAGAGCUGAAGGUGGGUGAUCAGAUGAAGUUACUCCAUAACUGCUGGAGUGAACUGUUGGUGCUGGACUAUAUUUCUAGACAGGUGCAUCAUGGGAAACAGGACAGCAUACUACUCAUCACUGGACAGGAGAUAGAGCUGGUAUCUCUGCUGGCUCAGGCUGGUGUCACUCUGGCUGAUCUGGUGCGAGGAGGUCAAGAACUGGUGCAGCAUCUUCGGGAGCUUCAGCUGGACCAUAGAGAGAUCACCUGCUUCAAAUACCUCAUCCUGUUCAACCCUGAUGUGAAGCUAUUGGAGAACCAGGCGUAUGUGGAGAGUGUGUACGAGCAGGUGAGCGGGGCGCUGCUGGAGUACACGUUGUGUGUGUAUCCUCAGCACCUGGAGCGCUUCAGUCAACUGCUGCUCCGCCUGCCCGAGCUGAAAACCCUGAGCGCCCAGGCCGAGGACUACCUGUGCUACAAACACCUGAGCGGGGAGGUGCCCUGCAACAACCUGCUCAUAGAGAUGCUGCACGCCAAGAGAACUUGCAUAUGACACAUGCACACUGUCACACACACACACACACACACACAAACUUUCUCACUCAUGCACACACUCUAUUAUAGACAGAAAUGCAUACUAAAGGCCAAUUCAUGCUAUUGUGUUCAAUAUGGUAGCUUCAUGGUAGCCUACAGCUCUGGAAAAAAUUAAGAGACCACUUCUGUUUCUGAAUCAGUUUCUCGGAUUUUGCUAUUUAUGGGUAUAUGUUUGAGUAAAAUGAACAUUGUUGUUUUAUUCUAUAAACUACAGACAACAUUUCUCCCAAGUUACAAAUAAAAAUAUUGUCAUUUAAAGCAUUUAUUUGCAGAAAAUGAGAAAUUACUGAAAUAACAAAAAAGAUGCAGAGCUUU